UACAUCAGUUAAUCUCAUUGAGGAAACCGACUUUGCCAUUCGCCUUGGGACCUUGGAAGAUAUGGGAUGAGCUUGGAUACCUUCUACUAUGUGUCCUGUUAACCAUCACCACGUUUAGUAAUCUUGCUAGCAGAGGUUGGCGACAGAUCGGGAUGACACCUGAACUACCACACACGAUCCAAUAUGCCUCCCCAUUCCGAUCUGGUACAGGAGUCUAGGCUUGAGACUUCAUUCUCUCUGAACUCCACACGACACACAUUCUACGAACGAGGCACUUCGGGCCGCGACAGGAGGGUACGUUUGAAAGAACGAUGGAAGCGGCAGAAGAGACUGGGACAAGGCGCUUACGGGACUGUUUGGCUGGAGAAAUGCGACCGACCUGCGCGGCCGAACGGUCCGACGGUCAGGGCGGUCAAGGAGAUCCCGUUCGAUUCCACGACGGCUGACGGUAUUGACUACCACCUGGAGCUAGAGGCCGUCAUGAAGUUCUCCCAGCAACGCUACCUCCCGUCCUUCGUCCAGUCCUUUGGCUGGUUUGAUACCCCGGAAGCAAUAUUCAUCACCAUGGAAUACGUCCCCAACGGAGACCUGCAGAAAUACCUGGCAAACCCUAUACCCGAAGACGAGGCGAAGGUCAUUGCCUGUCAACUCGCGGAAGGACUUCGUCACAUGCACCGCAACGGCUUCACGCACAGAGAUCUCAAGCCAGGGAACAUACUUGUCGUAUUGGAAGGCCCGCAAUGGCUAGUUCAGAUUUCCGACUUCGGCAUCAGCAAGCGAUUGCGACCUGACAUGGCUCAACAGACCUUGGGAACGAUGCGGAGAGGGACAAUGGGGUUCAUCGCCCCCGAAAUGCUGGGAUUCGUUCUCGAAAGGGAUUAUCCCCACGCCGUCGACAUUUGGUCUCUCGGAGCCGUCGUCUUUCGAAUGUUGACAAAGGAGGUUUUUCUUCCAGACUUGACACAGCUACAGAAGUAUGCUGCUAAAGAACAUCCUUUCCCGGAUCAUGGGCUGGAGGCCUUGAAGGUGACUGUGUCCCUUCGAGAGCUUCUUCGACGGUUGUUGGCACCGUCGCCGAAGGACCGACCGUCGGCGUCCGAAAUCUUGGAAGACGCUUGGCUGAAAGACAUCUCUUCCAUCAAAGGCUAGAGACAGAGAGUCCGCUACUUUGCCGGCUGACAUGAUCAAGUCUCUGAAGAUAACACGGCAAGCCUCGCCUCCAAUUUCAAAUGGCCCCCGAACAACAGAAAGAACUCGACGCGUUUUGCGGCGGGAAGUAAAUGAGCUAAGCUCUUCUUCUGAAGACCAGCCUCGAGGCGAAGCACCAGUCCAUCCCAGACCUCAUCGCCGUAGCAGCGGUGUUCGAAGACGUCAGAACAGCUCUACUUUGGCAAACGCCAGUAGUAAGGCAGAUUCUUCUGAAGAAGAGCUCGAAGAAGAGCUCGCUGUAUACUCGUCGGCACAAGCUGAACCAGAGGAAGACCCCUCAUCAGUGUGGCACUGCCAUUCUGAAGAUGACUGUUAUCACCUUACGUUACGGGGCGGUGAGAUUUGGCGCUUCCUUCGCACCCAGGGGCGCGAAAAGGAUCUAUAUCCUACAGGGGUCCCCAUUAUCAGUGCAAAGCAUGAGCGGGUGCCCAAAUUCCUGGGGAUGAUCUUGGAUCUCUCGCUCAUGAGUGCUUCGCUUAUGCACUGGGCCGAGUCCUUCAGGGAAGAAAACCUGCCUAUACUCGAAUCCACGAAUCUACUUGCAGAGCUUUUGGACGGUCUUCAUUUUGCAGUUCUGGACGGUAGAACAUACUACGCGUCAAGAUUGGAGAUUUACGGCAUAUUCAGCGAGUUCGAUACUGCUGAUACGUUACGCAGCGAGUUCUUGACAAUUUUCGAAAUGUGCGAAGAACGGCUUCCUGAAGCAGCACGCAAAAAAGUAUUCUGGUCUCUUACGGAGGAAACUUGUCGAGCGAUUCCCCGUCUUCUUUUUGGGGAGGACGGUUUACUGAAUUGGACGCAAGCAUUUAUGGGAAGACUUCAGGCCUUCCUGAGGCAACACCGGGCCCAUUGCGAUCGGAUGCCGGAUAACUUGGACCAGCAGUCUCUCGUGGUGGAACCCGGCGAACCAAGUUAUUCGAAGCCACUUGUUCAGGGCCGAUUUGUCGAUGCAACUUCAGCUCGUGCCUCGAAGCCUCGACUUGUCUCUCAGAAUUCACUUCUUAUGGAGUGGUUGAGCAGACCAGCGAGACCUCGGUCUUCCAAGGGCCCAAAGACCGACUCGCAACGUCCCGCCCGUUCAAGAUCAAAGCCACAAACUCCCAAGAAGACUUAGCGCCUAAGGAUUAUUACCGUGGCUUUUCUGCCUCCCGUCCGAGGGGUCGGCGUGAGCCCAGGGUGACGACUCAUCCGUACUACUCUCAUCCAGAUUUCGACCCCCCCCAACCGUGGCAGAUCUACUCUCGAUCUACUAGAGAACUGCCGUUCAGGGAACCCGGACGGCCAGGUGAGCCAACGUCGGUUGGCGGUAGCAAUAAUGCUCUUCUGUCGGAAGGGUUUACGGAGUUUAUGAGCGGCACCUUGAGGGAUUAGAUCGUUGAUCGAUCUAGCAUCGCACGGCACCGCACCGCAUAAUGACCCUAAGCCGAUACCGUUUGGUGGCGGGUUUACAUUCUCCUUGGCCGACGAUGUUGUUGCCAAGUUCAUGUCAUUCAACGACACACCAGCACAGUAACGACCAAGGAUAGCCUGUUUUUGGCGCAAGAACUGGCGAUCGCCGAUCUGACGAGCUUUUGGUGACUUCAUAUCGCCUUCCACGGGCUGGAUAAGGUCUUCUCGGGACUAGGAUGAAGCAUAGGUCCCCAUUCAGUCUCCUGAAGAAGGCAGGCGAUAUCCUUUCUAGACGGGAGCAGCACUCCUACCCCCAACGGACUCUAGGAAAUGUGCCCACAUGUCUGGCUUGAAAGGGCACGGGCUCGAGGCCGUGCCGUCGUCGCCAGCCAAAAGAGCAAAACUACGAAAAUUCUACAUUUACAUAACCAAAACAAAAAUGAUGAAAACAUACAACACCAGGUAUUCGCUGGUCGUCACCGACCCAACUACUAAUCCGGCCCUCACUGGCUUAUCUAUGGGAGAGCGGACGGGAUCCCGAGUUUUCCAGUGGGUAUGGUCGUAUGUGUUGUUUUGUUGACAA